AUGUGGCUCUUGAUUUUCUUAGUCUGGUUGGUUAUGUGGGCCGGUGGCACAUACUGGUACCUGUUUGGGAAACCAAGCCCUUUCUCCAUGGAGUCAGUGAGACCCCCUGGACCUCGAGAGUUUGAUCAGAAGAAGCGGGACAAAGUCAUCAAGCAAGGUUUCAGCCUUGACAAAGUGCCACAGAACCUGGAUGUCAUUGUCAUUGGGAGCGGUAUUGGGGGGCUGACAGCUGGAGCUACACUGGCCAAAGCAGGGAAGAGAGUCCUGGUGCUGGAACAACAUGACCAAGCCGGAGGCUGCUGCCACACCUACAUAGAGAAAGGCUUUGAGUUUGAUGUCGGGCUUCACUACAUUGGUCAGGUGCACGAAAACAGUCUGUUGCGCAUCGCCUUCGACCAGCUCUCCGAGGGCCAGUUGGAGUUCCAGAAGCUAAAGCAACACUUUGACACCAUCAUGAUUGGCCAGGGCGAGGAGAAACGAGAGUACACCAUCUUCUCCGGAAAAAGUGAGAUGAAAGCACAUCUGAUGAAGCAAUUCCCCGAUGACACAGAGGCCAUCGAGACAUUCUUCAAAAUCAUGAAGAUCUCAGCUAAGAAGACUCACUACCUGGCAACUCUGAAGCUGAUCCCGCAGUGGGUGUCUUUGUUCCUGCUGAAGUCAGGCAUCGGAAACCUUCUCACCCCAGUCUUCCGCCUUUCUGGCACAUGUGCAACAGACUUGGUGAACACCCUGACCAGCAACAAGGAUCUGCACAUCAUCUUUUCUUAUCUUUUCUAUGGCGUGCCUCCAAAGGACUCCAGUAUUCUGAUCAAUGCCCUCCUGAUUCAUCACUACAAACGAGGUGCCUACUACCCUAAAGGUGGUGCCAGUGAGAUCGCCUUCCACAUCAUCCGCACCAUUCAGAAAUAUGGAGGGAACUGCCUGGUCAGAGCUCCUGUCUCCGGGAUCCUGGUUGAUGACAAGGGAGCAGCUUAUGGUGUAAAAGUGAGGAAAGGUCAGGAGGAAGUGGAGGUUCAUGCACCUGUGGUUGUGUCAAACUGUGGCAUUUUCACCACCUUCCAGAAACUUCUUCCCCCUGAGAUUCAAGUGAAGAAAGAUAUUCAGGAAAGACUGAACAUGAUGAAACACGGCAGAGGUUCAUUCUUGGUCUUCUCUGGCUUUGAUGGAACUGAAGAGGAGUUGGGCCUCGAGUCCACCAACUUCUGGCUGUUCAAAAACAAUGAUAUGGACAAAUCGAUGGAAGACUACUUUGCAUUGAGCAAAGAGGAAGCACCAGAUAAUAUUCCCAUGAUGUUCAUCACAAUGCCAUCUGCCAAAGACCCAGAAGCCAAAAUAAGACAUCCUGGAAAGUCUUGCAUGACUAUACUGACGAUGGCCAAGUACGAAUGGUUUGAGGAAUGGAAGGACACUACAGUACGCAAAAGAGGCGACGAAUACCACAACUACAAAAUGAGAUUUGCUAAGAACCUCUUUGACUGGGCCUGUACUUUGUUCCCUAAAAUCAAAGACAAGUUGGUUUUCCAGGACGUGGCGACCCCACUGACCAACAAUCACUAUCUGGGUGCCCAGCGUGGAGCCAUGUACUCUGCUGAGCACAACCUAAAACGUUUCCAGGCCGAGACUGUGGCAAGAAACCGGUGCAACACCCCCGUCAAAAACCUCUACAUCUCAGGCCAAGACGUGUUCAGCUGUGGGGUAGCAGGCGCUCUGCAUGGUGGACUCCUCUGCGCCUCUGCGGUGUUGGAUCACAUCGUCUACAUUGACUUGCUUUUCCUCAAGAAGAAGCUGAAGAGGAGGAAAGCCAGAGAGUUGGCCGAGCUGGCUAAGAAGAAACUGCAGUGA